AUGCGGUUAACAUUUCAGGUUUUGUCUAGCAGCAGUGACGAGGAUAGCCAACCUGUUCCGAGCACUGCUCGAUCACCGAGUGCAUGCAUUACUACUGAAGUACAGUCGUCACAUUCGCCCCAAGUAGGUCCAGGUCGCACUUCCGAAUUCGAUUUCGACGAUAAAGAUGACUCACCUCCUCCUUCGGUGAAGAGAACUAAGAUUUCACCGCAUUCUUCGUUUUCAUUGGGAACAAAAUUUGUGGAUCCGAAAGAACGCCGUCCAAUCUACCAACAUAAAUGGACUGCUAAUGAUGAUGAGGAAAGUGAAGGUGGUAGUGGUGCCUCGAACGAAGUUAGAGCAGUGUCAAGCAGUUCAGUCCAUACUUCUUGUUCACAGCGUCUUCCUGUCGAUGGUCGAGGUAGUGAAACAGCGAGAGUUCAUCGUGUUAAAGAAGCCCAUCAGUGUUUAGAGUCGGGAGAGCACGACGAUUUUAAGCAGGAUAUUGAGUACAUCCUCAGCACGAUGAACAGUGAUGCGUCAACUAACGUAAAAUGUUUGAGUACACUGUCGCUGGGGAGGAAAUGCGUGUCUUCUGAGUUCCGGCAAUUCCUUCGUAGUGAGGGCCUUAUUUCUAACGUCCUCAAGUGUUUGACAGAUUCGCCAAGUGACCAGAAUUUGGCUCUUUGUGCAUCGACUGUAAUAUACUUGAUGUCUCGCGAUUUCAUUCCUAUGCCUGUGGAUACACAUUCUCUACGGCUUCUCUCACAAUUGCUUCGUAUUGAGAAGUUGGAGCAAGACGAAGAACGGAAGAAAUAUGCGUCAUUGGUUUGGGAAGUUUUCACCUCAUAUUUUGAACGAAUGGAAUCAUCAUCUGGAAGAAAGAUUACGUUCCAUCUUAGCAAAGAGCAGUUAACUCCGUCAUCUCUCAUACUGGACGCUCUAGUUUUUCUUCUGGCUCGAUGCGUGGACGAAAACUUGAAGACAGAACUUCUCAAUAUUGGCAUUCUACAGUGGAUGGUAGGCAAAGUGGAGAAGGUCGUGCUGAGGUUAUUGCAUGAUAGACUAACUGAAUCUGAUGCACUUCAACAUCUUGUAGUUCUGGAGCGAUGUUUUCGUAUUCUCGAGUCUUGUACAGUGUUUCACAAAAAGAACCAAGCUUUCCUGAUAUCACAUCGUGGCAGUCUGUUGAUUCAAAUGUGUGGGAAGUUGAUGACUAUAAUUCACGAUACAAUAAGCAACUCUUCUGUUGGUUCGCAACUGGUUUCUUCUUAUAUAGUCUGUCUAUCCUUGAUGGCUCGUGUUCUUAUGAACCUUUCUCAUGAAAAUGGACAGGUACCAGGUUUCCUACCGCUCUGUCUUUCGUCAUACACUUUUCUUGUCCCGAAAUAUGCGCCAGAAGAUAAAAAGUUCGACCUUUACGUUAUGAUGACGUCCUUAUGUGUGAAUUUGGUAGAACGCUGUAAUUCUAAUCGCCGGAAACUUAUUGAUACGUCUGUGAAAGUCCACUCAGAUGAUGGAGAAGACACCGAGCACAAAGCUCUUGAUGCUCUUGCUAUUCUCUUCACUAUCCAUGACGCUAAAGCUAAAAAUAUUGAUGAAGACCUCGAUAAGGAUAUAGCAUUUGAAGAACCAGUUGAGGAAGAUAAUAAUGAUACGGACGAGGAAUGCAGAGAUGAUGGACGAUUAGAUCGAGCGAAGAUGGACGAAAUGAGUGAGAGCGAGAUGUUGCAAGCAGUGCAAAAUGCUAUGAGCAAGGCUUCUGCCCACAUGGAGGAUAGUGUAGUUGCAUCUUAUGUCGCACUGUUGAUUGGAUGUCUCUUACAGCAGAAUGAGGGACAUGCUUCAUCUGUACGUUCACAUCUACAGGGUGGAUCAUUUUCUCCUAUGAUCGAUCAACUGCAGCGUUUUCUAGAAUUCAUGAAAAUUGCGAGCAAGAAGGCUGGUGGCUGCCGAUCUAUUGAGCGUAUUAUCGACUUACUUGAUCGAUUGAACUAG